AUGUCGCGGAAGGAAUUGCGGAAGCGUCGGCAGGAGCGACGACUGCGGCUGAUGGAGCCCGAGGCGGUGGAGCAGCGGAGGCGGCAGCAGGAGGAGCGCGUGAUGGCCGCCAUGGCGCCGCUCAGAAAGCGCCCCGCCAACCCCGGCGGGCGGCGGAAGAAGACGGCGCCGCAGGGAGGGGGGGACGCAGGGAAGGCGGAGGGGGCAGGUGGGGAGGCGGGAGGGGAAGAGGGGAAGGUGGAAGGAGUGGAUGGUGUUGAAGGGGAUGGGGGGGGUGAAGGGGGGCUGUUGGCGGGAGGGGGGCGGGGAGAGGCGGCAGUGGGUGUUGACGGCGGUGGAGAGGGGCAGGUGGUGCAGGAGAGGGUUGACAUGGGGUCGGCAACGGGCUCUGAGCAGCAGCAGAUGGGCGAUGCGGUGGAGGCGAUGAGGGCGCGCGGCAUUCAGUGGUGGAAGGUGGGCACCUUCCGAGGAGGCGAGUUCGAGGCACAGCAGCACAUCGCCGCCCUGCUGACCCAGCACUGCCCCGGCGAGCCGUGUGAGAUAUUCGUGCCGGCCAUCCGCUCGCCACAGCAUGCCAGCAUAAUGCGCCGGGCAGCAGCAGCCAUGGAGGACGGAGGCCCUCCCCCACCCUUGGGGGCGGGCAUGCAGCGCAUAGAGCCGUGUGUGCUCUACGUGCGCUGCACCAUGUCCUCCACCCUCUACAAGCAGGUGGUGGCUUUGGAGCGAGUGAGAGGCUUCGUGGGGGAGGUGGUGGGCAAGGGCAAGUACGGCAACAUGCUGCCGCGCGCCAUCCCGCUGGUGGAGCUGGCAGCCGUGGUGGAGCUCGUGAGGGGCAAGCAGGCCGAGGCUGACCGCCAGGCACACGAGGCAGAGAGGGGUGGUACUGCUGUACAGGGGGGCAAGCAGGGUGCAGGUGGCGCUGACACACCAGAGAAGAGAGAGGCGUGGGAUGGUGAGGGUGAGGGGGGAGCAGCAGCAGCAGUGGUGAGCAAGGGGGCACGCAUGCGGUCGGCAGGUGUGGCGGGCCAAAUGGGAGGCCGUGCUACCCGUGGUGCUGCUGGUGCUGAUUAUGACGACAAUGAUGACACCGAUGCUGCCGAUGGAAGCGUGUUCCAUUUUUCUUUCGACGCUAGCAGCCACUUUAUCCCCAGUUUAGCCGCCAUGGUGACACCACCAGAUGCUGGGACGUCCGGUGCUCGACGCAAGCGCCGAAAGAAUGUUCAGGAGCCUCCUAUUCCUAGGCCGUCGCCCAGGCCCGUCAUGCCAACGCCAAGUUCACCCCGCGGUAGCAGCGAGGAGACAGAUAAGGAGCCUAGCGGGAGCCCACGCCGUCCGCUUCCGCAGGUGAAGGUUCCCGUGUUCCCGGAAUCACGCCGACCGCGGGGACAGAAGAAGCGGGUGCGCGACGCAGAGACGCCGGAGACAAGGCGCCGUCAAACGAAGAAGGCGCGGAAAGCUUACACCGUCAAGGAGAAGCUUUACUGGCUCAAGAUGCUAGACGCGCAGCCAACUAUGAGCGUCAGGGGGUUGGCUAGGCUCGCCAAGGCGGAGGUGGAGGUGUUGGAGGAUGUGUGCGAGGAGGAGCUAGAAGAGCUCAUCCCCAAUCCUUUCUACCCCGACCCUGCUGCCCCUGCGAACAAGGACAACGAUGAUGCCUCCUCUCCAGAGGAGGAGGGUGAGGAGGAGGAGGAGGAGGAGGAGGACGAGGAGGAGGAGGAGGAGGAGGAGGAGGACGAGGAGGAGGAGGGGGACGAGAAGGAGGACGAGGAGGACGAGGGGGAUGAGGAGGAGGGUGAGGUGGAAGGCGGUGCGGAGGUGGAGGGUGGAGCGGGAUGGGAGGAUGAUGGCGACGAGUGGUGGGCAGAAGGGCGAUAUGAUGGGGAGGAGGUGGAGAUCUGGGUUGCUGGUCAAGAUUAG